AUGUUCAGGUAUAGAGAAAAGAUAAAAGGAAUGUUUUACUAUGCGUAUAAUGGUUAUCUAAAUUAUGCAUUUCCACUCGACGAGCUCAAACCAAUUACAUGUACAGGACAGGAUACAUGGGGAUCAUUCUCGCUGUCAUUGGUAGAUGCGUUGGAUACGCUGAUCGUUAUGGGUAACACAACAGAAUUUCGUCGAGCUGUUGACGCUGUAUUGAAGUCUGUAAGAACCGAUGCGAAUGUGAAUGUCUCCGUAUUUGAAACCAAUAUUCGUAUAGUAGGUGGGCUGAUAUCUGCCCACAUGCUUAGUGGACGUGUUGAAGACGGAUGGCCUUGUUCUGGCCCACUUCUAAGACUGGCUACCUCUUUGGCAUUGCGCUUGCUACCAGCUUUUAAUACAGAGACGGGGAUGCCAUAUGGCACAGUGAAUUUGAGGUAUGGAGUACCGAAGAGUGAAACACCUAUUACGUGUACUGCUGGUAUUGGAACGUUUAUUGUCGAAUUUGGAACAUUAUCACGUCUAACUGGAAAUCCACAGUUUGAGCGAGUAGCAUUGAGAGCCCUGGAAACUUUAUGGCGAACACGGUCUUCUAUUGGUUUGGUUGGGAACCACAUCAAUGUGCAAACAGGUGAGUGGAAAGCCACGGAUACUGGCAUAGGUGCAGGAGUGGAUUCAUACUUUGAGUACCUUGUUAAAGGGGCUCUUCUCUUGCAACGUCCUGCUCUUAUGAAGCAGUUUAAUGAGUAUGCUUCUGCUAUAAAUCGUUAUGUUCGAAAAGGUGACUGGUUUCUGUGGGUGUCCAUGGAUAAAGGUGCCGUUUCACUGCCCAUAUUCCAGUCACUGGAGGCGUUUUGGCCUGGUUUAUUGACAAUGGUCGGCGAUGUUGAGAAUGCUUCUCGAAUCAUGCUCCAGUAUUCCCAAGUUAUUCGUCAGUAUGGUUUCCCGCCCGAGUUCUAUAAUAUACAGAAUUCAGCAUCCGACAAACGUUCUGCUUUCCCACUGCGUCCUGAAAUCGUAGAAAGUUUGAUGUACCUGUAUAGGGCAACGGAAGAUCCGCAAUUCUUAGAACUUGGAGCACAAAUAGUUGAUGCCAUUGAACAUAGUGCGAAAACGUCGUGUGGUUACGCCACUAUCAAUAACGUUGAGGAUCAUUCAAUUGAAGAUAGGAUGGAGUCGUUUUUCUUAGCUGAGACAACAAAGUACCUGUAUCUUCUUUUCGAUCCUGAGAACUUUUUGCAUAAUGAUGGAAUAGUGGCACGAAUAAUAGACACGCCAAACGGCGAAUGUGUUAUAGAUGCUGGAGGGUACAUAUUCAACACGGAGGCACACCCGGUUGAUCCUGGUAUUGUUCAUUGUUGUUCGGCACAGAGGCAAGCAGAACGUGAAGCUGUAAGGAAAUGGGAAGACAACUACGAUUUGCUCUCUAUACUUGACCGUAUGGAUAAUAUGUCACCGUUGUAUUUUCGAAAAGAAUUUGAUUUGGAGAUUGAUGAAUCGCUCAGUGAGGAAGAUGAGAGUUCGUAG